UGAAAAGUAAGUUUGUGUGAAGAGGUUCCCUAGUACCCUGUUAUACGUAGUACAUCUAUAGUAGUAAAUGAGCACACAUGCAUCUAACAAUUACAAGUUUACCUUCAGCUGCGUGCUACUAUAUGUUUUUCUUUUAUUUGUCUUUUAUUGUGUUUACUAUCCUUCCAACAUUUUGGACCGUGCACCCUUCUCGUUGUUCAGAGUGCAUAGUGCAUGGAUGUACCCAAAUAAACUAAUAUUCAUGCUUGUCUACUUGAUUGUAAGUUGUAGUAUAUAUUAUAAAACUGAUAUCUGGCACACGUAAGUACACUUUACUUUAUAAGUGUCAUUUCCUGAAAUUAUUUAUAAAUGACAACAAAUCAACAAGCAGGCGAAAGAAUGAGGAGAGAUGAGAUCGUUAUUCAAUAAAAUAACACAAAAGAAGAGUGCAUCAUGGGAUGGCUUGCUGUCUCACACUCCCUCGGACAGUCCAGUACAUCUUCUAAGUGUAAAGAGAAAUGCAUCAUUUACAGAUGGUGUGAGCUGGCUACAGAUCAAACAUGAAGGGUUCAUAAGAAGAUUGUCAGAUUCCUUCUAUCCUUUAAGAAGGGAUAGCAGUAAAAUGAACAUCCCUCAUCGUAUCUUGACCCCAGAUGAAGACAAAACAUUCAGUAAGACUCUAGAGAGUGACAGCAGUACAGAAUUUGUGACCGCACAUAACUCUCUGGCAGACGGAACCAGUCAAGGGAGUCAGGAAUCACUAGACAAACAGUCACAGACAACCAAAAAGUUUGAUGCUGUAGUUUUCGAUGUAUUACGGGUUUCACCGGAUGAUUAUGCUAGUCAGAUUACAUUGAUGGAUUUACCUGUGUUCCAGGAGAUACUACCUGAUGAACUCACAUCAUGUGCAUGGACAACAAAGGAGAAAUUGAUAAAAGCCCCAAAUGUGGUGGCUUUUACUAGGAGAUUUAAUCAUGUAAAUUUUUGGGUUCAGCGAGAGAUUUUAAAUUGUCAGACUCUGAAUACCAGAGCUGAAGUUUUGGCUCAUUUUAUAAAAAUUUCCAAGAGAUUAUUAGAAUUAAAUAAUUUACAUGCAGUUAUGGCAGUCAUAUCAGCUUUACAGAGUGCUGCUAUUUUUAGAUUGUCCAAGACCUGGAUGAAACUUUCCAGAAAAGAUAAAGCUAUAUAUGAAAAAAUUGCUGAUUUAUUUUCUGAAAACAACAACAGACAACGAUUACGAGAUUACAUGGAAAAUGUUAAAUUACCAUGCAUCCCAUAUUUAGGUUUAUAUUUAUCAGAUUUGAUCUACAUCGAUGUGGCACACCCUCACUCUGGAGGACUAGAGAGCCACCCCCGGAGAUUACAGAUGAAUAAUAUAUUGAGAGUUAUAGCCGACUUUCAACAAUCCAGUUAUGAUUAUUUACCAGUAUUAGAUCAUGUUCAGAAUUAUUUAAAAUCUGUCCGUUACAUAGAGGAAUUACAAAAAUUUGUAGAAGAUGAUAAUUACAAACUUUCAUUAAAAGUUGAACAGCCAAUGAGUGAGAACCUUUCAUCAUCAAAAGAAGAUAUACAGAUAAUGGUGGCACCCCCUUCUCCUGCAACAGAACCUCGUAAUGUGUUGACUUCAUGUGCUGGUUUAACAAAAAAUGGUCCCUCACACAGAAAAACUAAAAGUUUAAGUGCAAAUUUCCUGAGUUGUCAUAAACCUGCAUCAGAUAAAACCUAUAGUUUACCCAGUAAAGCAACGGCACCUUAUAUCCAAGGCAUUAGACAUCUUCUGGACGACAGUGUCCUGGAGGAAUCACCGUGUGCCUCAAGUGAUGGCUCAAUAUGUGGUAGAAUCUCUGAAAGUGCUGAUACAGCAGAUACCAGUUCAACAGAUCAGGAGACUUUUUGGCCAUUGAGAAGUCAGCAAUGGAGGGAAUCUGAUGAAAUGCAGAACAAUUACCGACAAAACUUUACCUGUGAAGGUUGUUUACGGAGAAGAACUAUUUUAAAAGAUGGCAAAAAACCAACUGUUUCAUCGUGGACAAGAUACUGGGUAGCCUUAUGGGGAACGUCAUUAUUAUAUUAUCCUGCCAAGACAUUACGAGGGUCAGAAAGAUCAUGUUUUAAAACAAGUCCCACAAAAAUGACAUCAAUAGUCGGUUGGAUGGUAGUAAUGGGAGAUAAUCCACUUCAACCAGAUGCAUUCCAGCUCACAGAUCCAAUGAAAGGCAAUGUUUACAAGUUUCGAUGUGGAAGUCAGGCACAGGCUUUACAAUGGUGCAGACAUUUAAGUGAUGCCACAAACAGGUUCCAACCACAGACUCCUGCCAAUUUGAUGUCAUUUGACUGAGAGUUCUGAUUUACAAAUGGUGGGAAGUUCAUUAUAGUGGUACCUUUACCGAACAUUGUGCCAAAUGUUUGCCAAAAUAUGUGAUGAAGGAAGAUGUCAGGGUUGCCAUAGUGACAAUACUCAGUCCCUUCUGUCAUAAUAAAUGAUGGCAGUGAUAGCAUUACACUCUAUUAUCUAAAUAUGGUCAUCAUAUCCAUAUAUGGACAUAUACUUUAGUAAGAGUGUAUUAUCCUUUCAAGGGAACCAGUCAUAAUAAACAGUAUUUUAAUGCCAGUUAUUAUUUACUAUGUUUCUGAAUCAUGUGAUAAAUACAGCAUAAUAUAUAUCAAUGCUUUACCAUAAGGUUCAUUGCCUUUAUUGGUUUCCAUGAGAAAUAAUGUCAAAUGUCUGUCGUACCAUGGUUACAGUUUCAAAUUUCAACUUUUUUCCAUUCAUAUAAUGUUAUGGACUCCUGAGAUAAUAAUUUUGAAUGUCAGCUUGUUCCAUUGUAGCCUUGUCAAAUAUUACGUAUUUUUAGGCUAACAGUGUAAUUUUUCAGCUGCUACCCUGGUAACAGGUUGAAAUAUAUUUUUUUAAACUGUUAAUAGUUUUGACAUAAGUACUUGUUUUUUUUUUUCAACUAAGAGGUGUUUGACAGUACCGUGUAAGCUGUAUUAAUUUAUCUACUGUCAUUAAUCAAAUUUAAUUCCUGAUGCAGGAUAGGUUUGUCACAGGUUAUUAGUUAUGUUAUUUGUAAUUUCAGUUCUCAGUUAACUAAAAUUACUUUCAAAAGAAAACUGUGAACAAUUAGAAUUAUGAUAGAUAUAAAACAUUCCAUAUUUGGAAAUUUUGAUAUUUGCAGAGUAAAUAUGAUUUAAAAUAUGAUAAAUUUAUUCAUAUUUCAUUUCGAUAUGCAAUUGUUUGUUGACAAUUUUAUGCAGUAACCAUUUUUAACAAGUAUGUGUAUCUUUUCCUUAUUCAUUUGAUAACACCAUUUGUUACUGUCCACUCUAAGCAUCCCUAUUAAAUAAAGAAUACAAGAUCUUCCAACAUACUUUAAUGACUUGUCCCUGUCUUUUACUAUAUGGUACAUUAAUAUGCUAUGCAAUUUGAAGCUUGGGAUUGUCAGGUUAUUUGCCAUCUUGCUUGUAAUGAAUAGAUUUGCCAAAGUUUGGGGUGACUGCACUUAAUUUGUUGACGUCUGCUGUUGGAUGUAUUUUUUUUUAAUGACAUUGUAUAUCAUGUUUAGUAGAAAAUCGGUUAAAUUGUAUUUGAAUUUUAUAAAACAUUACGUCAUUAAAUAAAAAAAUAAAAAUUUUACUGAGACAUUUCACAGAAUACAAAUAUAUAUAGGGAUGUAAAAUAUCUUAUAAAUAUUGUUAACACAGUAUUUAACAUUGAUGUAUAUUUUACACUAUGUAAGCAAAAUUUUAUGUUUUGUUCACAUUUUAAUACAAAAUCAUGAUUAUAGAAAUUUCAUUUAAAAUACGGGUUAAAGUGCAAAGUUUAAUAAAUUGAAAUAGUUGCUUACAAUUUCAUGGUAUCAUUAUGCAGGGCUUUUGUUUGUUGGGUAAAAUCUUCUUAUUACUUUCUAGAAGUUAGAUUUUGAAAUACUCGUUAUUUUAAAGAUGGUGCUUUUUUAAACAGACAUCUGCUGAGAUUUUAGUGCUAUUUUUUGUGUGCUUAAUGUAGUGAGUGUUUUGUAAAGGCUCUUGAAAUAGUCAACACAAGUUAUCUCAUUUAAAAAAAUUAAUAAUUUGUUAAAAAAUAAAAAUGAAAGUUUCUUUUUAUUUUAUUGUGCAAGUCAAAGUAACAAUUAUCUAUUUUUAUAAAAAGUGGAGUAAGACAUUUUUGUUCAAAUAAUUACAGGUGCUCUUAAAAAGGAGCUCUCAAGACCUGAAUUGCUCAAAGGAAACUUGAGUGUAAUUAACCCUGAUCAAACAGUUCAUUGAACAGGAACCCAUGUCCAGCUUUUCAAAGCAAAGGAACUUUGAUAUGAACAGAUAAUUUUUAAUGGAUCUAAUUUUUAUAUGGCCUAUGCAAAAGACGAAUCUUAAUCUUAUAACUGCGAGGGGCAGCUUGAGAAAAUUGAAUUUGAAAUACAUUAUUCUAAAUAACACAGGUUAAAACCAUGUCAGCUUUUGUUAUUCUGUUGUUUUAUUUUGUGUAUAAGGUUUUAUAAUUUAUUGCUUAUUAUGUGCAAUAUUGUCUUUUAAUAAUCAUAACAUAUUUGUUUCAUGUGUGACAUUCACACAUUGUGUAUACAGUCAUGAGAGCGUUAGAAUAUCUUGUUUACUCUCAUUGUAUAUUUAAAUGUAAUGGAACUCUUCAAAUCUGACACAAAAUGUUAUUAACAUUAUUUUAAAUAUUUUGGUCCUUAUGGCCUUAGUUUAAAUUCCUAUGCAUUCAGUCAGAGAUGAUUUCUGUUUAACUGAAUUCAGUUAUUUUGUUUCCUGAAUUACUUUUUUUUAAAAAUGCUGAACUAUUAAUAGGUGGGUGAAAAUGAAAGGGGUUUUAGGUAUGAAUUAUACUUCACCUCCUCAGCUGAUCUGUGAAGAAAGCAAUGAUAGCCCCUUCCUUUGUUUUUAGUACAUGUAUGUUAUGAGUUUUUUUUCCUCAUUUAUACAUACCUAUUUUCUUCUUCUUUCAAAUUACAUUUUUAUAUGAAUUAUGUUAUAAUAUAGUUAUAAGUUACAGGGUAAAUUUAUUAUUAUUUGUAAUGAAUUUUGAUUUUAAAGUAAAUACCUAGUUUUGUGAGACAUAUUUGUUUAUUUUAAAAUACAUGUAAUUGCCAAUUUUAUCAACUGAAAACGGUUAACUAACAGAAAGUUAAAUCUUUGCUUACAAGGCCAUAGUAUGUGAUAUCCCAUUUUCCACUGAGCAAACAAACUUAUUUAUAUUGAAUUGUUUUAUAAUGUUUGUUGUGAAAAUACUGUAGUAAGUUCUUUACUAUGAUUGUUAUUAUUUUUGGCAUGCAUAAAAAUAUUAGAACUUAUAUAAAAAAAAAUUGUACUGGUAUAGGUUAUACCAAAAUAUUUAUGUAAACUAUUCACAAUUGCUUCAUAAAACAUUUACUAAACUUCAUGACGAAAAAAUAAAAAAAUAUAAAUUAAA